UUUUCAUUUUGUCUGGUUUUGAGCAGGUCUUCGAAAUCUGCUGCUUGUCUUCUUCUCCUUAUUGUCUGGCUGCGACUUCGGACGGUCGAGGGCAACUGACGAGGUACACCAACCUACGGUCGGGUCGUUCCUUCUAGACUCGAGGCAGGCAGGCAAAACGUUUAAGACUUGGAAAGUCCAGGCGACAUCUUAGUAGACCAUUCUCUUUUACAUACAUCACAUUGUUAAUACAGCAUCCGAGUCGAUCCGACGUACAUCGACCUCAUCCCCUUCUAAUUUACGGAGAGUCGGUGGACAUUCAAGUAUCCCAAUCGUCGAGAAACCGUCGUCACCGUGGCGAUCUAUCAUUCAGAGAUGUCGUACCAGGAUCAGAGCGGUGGUUACCCCCCGCCUCGCGAGCAAGAGUCACAAUAUCCUCCUCCUCCAGGCGAAGAAGACGAUCGCGCGAGGGCCUAUCAUCACCGUGGACCUUCCAGCGGAGUCACCCUUCCCUCAAUAUCCCCAUACGAGUACAGUCAGUCGUCAAAUGGCUACCCACCGGAUCCACGCGCCUACCAGCAAGAUCCGUACCGACCUGCGCCUGGUCCAUACAGAGACGAUCGUGGCUAUCAAGACUAUGGCAGAGGUGGUGGACAGCAGAUGGCAUUCAGUCAAUCCGCUCCGCGACAACGUACCGCAAUUGCAUGCAGAUAUUGCCGAAGACGCAAGAUUCGCUGUUCUGGGUUCGACCAAAAUCCAGAAGGUCGCUGUUCAAACUGCCAGCGAUUCCAACAAGAGUGUAUCUUCACACCUGUAUCCUCUCAAGCUCAAGCUUUCGUCCCAGCUCACGCAGUCUAUCCUGGCAUGAGAAAUAUGGGUGUUGGGCCAGAUGGUCGACCGCGACCAAUGGUAUAUCCACAAGGAACGCAGUUGUUUGGUGCACAUGGACAACCUCUAGGACCUAUUCCUCCUCCACAACAAGGCUCUCCUUACGACUACCCCGCACCAUCUCCCACUGGAUCUUACAGUUCUUACUCGGACGAUCGUGGCUCACAACCUCCACAACACGACCAAUCGCGCAAGCGUCCUCAGCCAGAUCCGCAUACUGGCAUCCUUCCUCCUCCUAUCCCAGGUCAACCCAGUUAUGCACGAGCAGACAGUGCAAGCCGACGCCAAGCCGUUGAAGAUGAUCUUCGACUCCCGCCAGUUACGCCGACAGGUGCCUCAUCCGCCGCAAAUUACUCUCCUGGAUCCUCCACUUCCUCGCAUUCGAAUCUUCAACCCCCGCAACAAUCAGGCCUACCAUCUAUGUCACGCACUCCUCCUCCGCGUUCAAGUCCCGGCGAGGGUAGACAAGAUCCUAUGAGCUUAGGGAAUAUCAUGGAGAGCAGACCCAAUACCGAAAUCGACCGGAAUAUGCUUGGCCGGUUGGACCGGAAGGGUCAAUAAUACCCUUUCGGGAAGACCUUUCUUCCGACUCCAUCUCGACUUCUGCAUUAGAUGGUCGAGACCGGGUAUUGGGAGAAGCUGCAUCCUCAAAUUAUCUCUCGGCAGAAAAUUUGAGCACUGCGCGUGUUGGUGAUAACGAUCGUGGUGUUCGAGAGCGAAUUUUGCAGAAAUUGAAGAGUGAUACUUUGGAACGAUUGAAAAUGCUUUCGCAAGUAGCUUCUACGGAUCCGAAAACGGCCCCUGCAGUUAUUGGAGACUUUGAAGCAACGUCUAUGUACUCCAACAGGAUCAGAAAAGCUUCGUCUAAGGCUAGCCUGGA